AUGCUCCUCCAAACACCCAAGGCAUUUAUGCCUUUCCCCACCUCCGAAAUAGGCCUCUUCCAUAUCCUACGCCGGUCACAACCUCGUUUUGAUACUACACGUUCGAUUCAUUAUGGAAAUAAGACUCUGAAGAUACCCAAGACGUCGAUUAAGGUCUUCCGCGAGGUCCCGAAACUCCGAGAAUGGCGUCGGCAACAACUCCUUGACUACCGGUCCGUCGGUCUUGUUCCCACGAUGGGUGCUUUGCACGAGGGCCACAUCUCCCUGAUUCGUAUGGCAGCGCGCGAGAACCACCGUGUUGUCGUUAGCAUAUACGUUAAUCCGACCCAAUUCGGCGUACACGAGGAUCUGGAUAGCUAUCCGAAAACGUGGGAGAAGGAUUGUGAGAUGCUGAGAGAGCUAGAUCAGGAACUUGCUGAAGAUGGGAGUAAUUUGGGUACCGUAUCCGCGGUUUUCGCGCCGACGACAAGCACCAUGUAUCCUAGCGGAAGACCGAGCCAGGAGGUUGAUGGGAAGGGAAGCUUUGUAACAAUAACUCCUGUUGGAGAACUUUUGGAGGGAACUACGCGACCUACGUUCUUUCGAGGUGUCGCUACAGUAUGUAUGAAGUUGUUUAAUAUUGUUGCGCCGGAAAGGGUUUAUUUUGGCCAAAAGGAUGUACAACAGACGGUGGUGAUCAAAAAGAUGGUCAAGGACUUUUUCCUGGAUAUGGACGUGGUCGUUGGGCCGACCCAGAGGGAGCCGGAUGGCCUGGCAUUGAGCUCCAGGAAUGUAUACUUGGGCACACGAAGACGGAAAGUUGCGACUGUGUUAUCGAAAGUACUACAGGUCGCGGAAGCGGGGUAUCUUCGAGGGCAUAGGUCGAGGGAUGAACUGUUAGGCCCCGCGGGAGAAUUGGCAAAGCUGCUUCUGAUGGAGCAAAACCAGAUGCUCCCGGAAGAAAGGGUUAAGUUCGAAGUUGAUUAUAUUUCCCUAGCAGACCCUGAAACUAUGGAGGAAUUGGAGGAAGUCGACGAGACCAGGGGUGCCAUUCUCAGCGGUGCCAUAAAAAUGCUACCUGUCGAAUCGCCACAACCAGGAGAGGACCUUGGUUUAUCAGACGGGCCACCAGUACGGUUAAUAGAUAAUAUCAUCCUGAAACCUAUAGGAUAA